AGCUAAGAAGUUCCGUCGGGGGUGGAGGACUUUUUCCAAGCCUUUGUUUCUGUGGAGUCUCUGUGCAUGGCCUGCUGUGAUGAGCAGUCGGUUUUUCUCUAGAGAAGGCAUAAAGAGAAGCAGAGGCAGAGAUGGGACGAGCAGGGAGAAUGCUCCUGCCUCAUCGGAGCCACCGGUUUUCGGGAGAGAGCGGCAGCCCCCACCUGCCUGUGGACUGAGCACUUAAAGGGCUGGUGAUGAUCAACCUCUUCUGACAAUGGAGAGAGCAUGCGGUGGAUGUUAGGGGAACCAAACCCCAAGAGGGAACCAGCUUCAGUGGAAAGCGGAGUGCGUGCCUCCCCGAGGCAGGGCAUUGCUGAGCCCCAGAGAGGAGCCCUGGGUUCCGCUGCCUCCCCCGCAGGACAAGGCAUGACAGCACCUGCAUUGGAAUAUAGACUGUGCUUUGGAGCCUUUGGCAUCAGCUUCCACCUGGUGCGUAAGUUUGUGGUCUCUCCAGCAAGUUCAGGGAAGUGAGGGAGUCGCAGUUCUCUGUCAUUCAGCAGGUGUGGACUGAGGGCUGGCUCUGUGCUAGGCCCUGUGCUGGAUGCUGGGUUCCAUUGUGAGGCCAGGCACAGCCAAGGCAGAGACGAACAUUCCUACAGUCGCUCACGACACCAAGCUCCACAGACCAGAGAAUGGACAGAUCCACAGGAACGAAAGACAGGCUGUCAGGUGCCCAGCCCUGGGGAGCCUCCGGAAGAGGAGAGAGGACCACCCAUCAUGGCUGACCUUGGGAGGACUUGGGUCUUCACAAAUUGUGUUCCUUGGUAUAUAUAAGAGGGUUAAAAUAGACACAAGAAAUAUCCAUCUAUUCCCAUUCAUUUAUUUGACACAUACUCUUGGGGCCAUGAGUUCAAUUCCCAGAAGAGGAUCAUGAUGGUGGGGGGAGGAAGGAUGUGGCGAGGGGCCGUGCAGGAGCCCAGGGGGCUUGUCUUAUGGCCGCUCUUGAUCGAACUCCUCUGAGGCCCCAGAGGUGCUCCUUCAUCCCCAGCUUGCUUGUGAGGCUGCGUUGGCUCCCCAAGGCCCAGUUUCCUGCUGAGACCCAGCCACACACUUAGCCCUGAGUGUACCAGGUGGCUCCACUCAGAGUGCUGCUCCAGGCCCUCUCCCUGGGGCUUCCUGCCACGUGACUGCACAUUUGGGGUCUGGAGAAGGGCCCAGGGACUGAACUGCAAAGGCGAAGGGUGUCCCUGCUCCUCCUGACCACAGCUUCUGGACUGGCAUGUGUGUCUGAUGGUGCAAGACCAGAGGGGCAUGGCCAAUGAGAGAGUUAUUCUUUCUACCCGUGAGUCUCCCUCGGACACACAGGAUUUCUCAUGUCUCCUCCUGGUUUUGCUGCUUUUUUUUUUUUUUUUUCUAGCUGCAUGAGGUAGUUUUGUUUGAAAGAAUAGUCAAUGCAGACUGCAGUUUUCCGAAUGAGGCUUGCUUUUGGCAAGUGAGUGAGAUAUCUUUGUGUUUGUUUGUUUCCUUCAGAAAAAAGGGCCUGAGAAAGCAAGUUAACAAUUCUUUGGAAAUGAUUUUUCUUUUUCUUUGGUGACUGUUGCCACAUGCUUAGUUCAUUGGUUAUUGGUUACAUGCUCUGGAGAGUCUAUCUGUACCAUGGUGCUUAGAAAAAUUAGAAUGGGAGUGAUGGAUUUAUUUGUUAUAUUGAAUUGAUAUAACUCACAUACCAUGCAAUUCACCCUUUUAAAGUGUCGGAUUCAGUGGCUUCUAGUAUAUUCACAAGGUUGUGCAACCAUCACUGUGAUCUAAUUCCAGAACAUUUUCAACACCCCCAAAGAAACCCCAUACAUUACAGUCACUCUCACUGUCUUUGUUUUUUUUUUUGUUUUUUUUGAGAUGGAGUCCCGCUCUGUAGCCCGGGCUGGAGUGCAGUGGCAUGAUCUCAGCUUGCUGCAACCUCUGGCUCCUGGGUUCAAGCUAUUAUCCUGCCUCAGCCUCCUGAGUACCUAGGACUACAGGUGUGCACCACCACACCCGGCUAAUUUUUUGUAUUUUUAGUAGAAAUGGGGUUUCACCAUGUUGGCCAGGCUAGUCUCAAACUCCUGGCCUCAAGUGAUCCGCCUGCCUUGGCCUCCCAAAGUGCUGGGAUUACAGGCAUGGGAUUACAUGUUGCUGCAUGGAUACAUGAUUUUAUUAUUUUUAUGGCUUUGUAUAUUCCGUGGUGUAUAUAUGCCACUUUUUCUUCAUCCAGUCUACCGUUGACAGGCACCCAGGUUGAUUCCAUGCCUUUGCUAUUUGUGAAUAGUGCUGUGAUAAACAUACGAGUGCAGGUGUCUUUUUGGUAGAAUGAUUUAUCUUCCUUUGGGUAGAUACCCAGUAAUGAGAUUGCUGGGUCGAAUGGUAGUUCUACUUUUAGUCCUUUAAGAAAUAUACAAACUGUUUUCCACAGGAGUUGAACUAAUUUACAUUCCCACCAACAAUGUGUGAGUGUUCCCUUUUUUUUCUGCAACCUCACCAACAUCUGUUAUUUUUUGACUUUUUAGUCAUAGCCAUUCUGACUGCUGUGAGAUGGUAUCUCAUUGUGGUUUUGAUUUGCAUUUCUCUGAUAAUCAGAGAUGAUGAGCAUUUUUAAAAUAUGCUUGUUGGCUGCUUGCAUGUCUUCUGUUGAGAAGUGUCUCUUCAUGACCUUUGCCCACUUUUUAAUGGUUUUGUUGUUGUUUGUUUAAGUUCCUUAUAGAUUCUGAAUAUUAGACCUCUGUUGGCUGCAUAGUUUGCAAAUCGUUUCUCCCAUUCCAUAGGUUGUCUGUUUGCAUUGUUGAUUAUUUCUUUUGCUACAUAGAAACACUUUGGUUUAAUUAGGUACCAGUUGUCAAUAUUUAUUUUUGUUGCAUUUGCUUUUGAGGACUUAGUCUUAAAUUCUUUGUCUAGGCUGACAUUCAGAAGAGUAUUUCCUUGGUUUUCUUGUAGGAUUUUUAUAGUUUGAAGUCUUACAUUUAAGUAUUUAAUUCAUUUUGGGUUAAUUUUUGUAUAUAUUGAGAGGUAAGAGUCCAGUUUCGUUCUGGAAUUAGAGUGGCACUAAUCACUCUAUUCAACAUUCUUCUGCAUAUGGUUAGCUAGUUUCCCCAGCACCAUUUAUUGAAUAGGGGGUCCUUUCUUUCACUGUUUAUUUUUGUUGACUUUGUUGAAAAUCAGUUGGUUUUAGGUGUGCAGCUUUAUUUCUGGGUUCUCUAUUCUGUUCCAUUGGUCUGUGUGUCUAUUUUUAUACCAAUACCAUGCUGUGUUGGUUAUUGUAGCCUUGUAGUAUAGUUUGAAGUCAGAUAAUGUGAUGCCUCUGGCUUUGUUAUUUUUGCUUAGGAUUGCUUUGGCUAUUCAGGCUCCUUUUUGGUUCCAUAUGAAUUCUGGAAUAGUUUUUUUCUAAUUCUGUGAAAAAUGACAUUGGUAAUUUGAUAGGAAUAGUGUUGAAUUGCUUUGAGCAGUAUGGACAUUUUAAUGAUAUUGAGUCUUACAAUCCAUGAGCAUGGAGUGUUUUAUCAUUUGUUUGUUUUCUUUCAGUAGUAUUUUGUAGUUCUCCUUGUAGAGAUCUUUCACCUCCUUGGUUAGAUGUAUUCCUAGGUUUGUGUGUGUGUGUGUGUUGCUAUUGUAAAUGGGAUUGUGUUCUUGAUUUGGCUCUCGGCUUGAACAUUACUGGUGUAUAGAAAUGCUACUGAUUUUUGUACAUUGAUUUUUGUAUCCUUAAACUACUGAAGUCAUUCAUUGGGUCUAGGAGUCUUUUGGUGGCAUCUUUAGGGUUUUCUAGAUAUAGAAUCAUAUCAUCAGUGAAGAGAGAUAACUUGACUUCCUCUUUUCCUAUUUGGAUGCCUUUUAUUUCUUUCUCUUGCCUGAUUGCUCUGGCUAGGAUUUCCAGUACUAUGUUGAAUAGAGUGAUCAGUGCCAUAUCUUAAAAAUAAAACCUAAUUCAAACAAAUCCAUGUUGAACAAAAUAUCACCAUUUUACAUAAAGACAGCAUCGCAGAAAUCUUUCACUGGGACCUCCCACCAUAGUCAAUUGCAGUGGAAAUGCUCAUUCUGGGCCCUCAGGAACCUCUGGGGUUACAUGUGGAGGUUCUGCAAACACUUGUUCCAUCCACAUCUCCAGGAAAACGACCACCUAGGCUCUAAUUCUUAAACUUGCCUGCACAGAACAACCUCAUCUCUAAUGCAAUGUUUUUUUGCACACCUACAUUUCUGGGCAGCAGGCUCUGUUUAUAGGUUGUUAGGUCAAUAGUAACAAUUACUAAAGAGCUGAGCGGUGGCUCUUUUUUUUUUUUCUGUCUGCUUCUAUCUCUUCCUGUUUUCUAAGGGUUGCUACCGUGACGUUAGGUAAUGUAUAGGAAAUAAUUUACUUCCUAUUUCUGGGCCAUACCAAGUUUUAUCUCUGCUUGAGUCUCUUCCAGGUUGCUUGAAAUGGUGCUUUUCUCAGUUAAACGUGGACUUGACAUAAAGGCCAAGCCGCAGGAGGCUGCCCUCUUUUAUUUUAUUUUAUUUUCUAAGGCUCAGGGAGCAUCUCUCUGUUCUCUGAGAUGCUGCCUGCAGAGUAGGAACUGGGAGAGAACACUAAAAUCCCCUCUCAGCAAAGAGUAGCGAGCUCCCUACAGAGUGUGAGAGCACGGGCUCUUGAGCUCAUCUCUUCUCUGUGGGGCCAGCCCAAUGGUCCUUUCUGGACCUGUGGGUGUCUUCUCUGGGCAACCAGAUCAUUGUGUUUGAAUCAGAGCAUCAUUGGCUGAAAACACUCCACUGUUUAUAAAGGUUUUCCAGCAUUGUGGGCCAUCCAGAUGAUGCGGAAUGGAGGUUCCAGAACCCACCUGCCCUGCCCCUCCUGCGAGGGACCAGCCAGCUCCCACUCCUGGCCCUCCAGGGGCCCCAGGUGGCCAGGCCUCACCUCACCUGACCCUGGGCCCUGUCCUUCUGCCGCCAGAGCAGGGCCUGGCCCCCACUGUGUUCCUGAAGGCCCUGCCCAUCCCACUGUACCACACGGUGCCUCCCGGGGGCCUCCAGCCCCGCGCCCCGCUAGUGACGGGCAGCCUAGAUGGGGGCAACGUGCCCUUCAUACUCAGCCCUGUGCUGCAGCCUGAAGGGCCUGGCCCCACCCAGGUGGGGAAGCCGGCGGCCCCUACGCUGACGGUGAACAUCGUGGGCACUCUGCCUGUCCUGUCGCCGGGCCUGGGCCCCACGCUGGGCAGCCCAGGCAAGGUGCGGAAUGCGGGCAAGUACCUGUGUCCGCACUGUGGUCGCGACUGCCUGAAGCCCAGUGUUCUAGAGAAGCACAUCCGGUCCCACACGGGUGAGAGGCCCUUCCCGUGUGCCACCUGCGGCAUCGCCUUUAAGACCCAGAGCAAUCUCUACAAGCACAGGCGGACGCAGACGCACCUUAACAACUCCCGGCUGUCCUCAGAGUCCGAGGGCACCGGGGGCGGCCUCCUGGAGGAAGGGGACAAGGCCGGAGAGCCCCCCAGACCAGACGGCAGGGGCGAGAGCAGGAGCCAGGGGAUGCACGAAGGCGCCUCGGAGAGACCCCUUUCUCCGGGUGCCCACGUGCCCCUACUUGCCAAGAACCUGGAUGUGAGGACCGAAGCUGCUCCCCGUCCAGGGUCCGCAUUUGCCGACAGAGAGGCUCCUUGGGACUCUGCCCCCAUGGCGUCACCUGGGCUCCCCGCGGCCAGCACACAGCCCUGGCGCAAGUUGCCAGAGCAGAAGUCGCCGACCGCCGGGAAGCCGUGCGCCCUGCAGCGGCAGCAGGCGACGGCAGCCGAGAAGCCCUGGGAUGCCAAGGCCCCCGAGGGCCGGCUGCGGAAGUGUGAGAGCACCGACUCGGGGUACCUGUCGCGCUCCGACAGCGCGGAGCAGCCGCAUGCGCCCUGCAGCCCCCUGCACAGCCUUUCGGAGCACAGCGCCGAGUCCGAGGGGGAGGGCGGCCCGGGCCCGGGGCCAGGGGUCGCAGGGGCCGAGCCCGGGGCGCGAGAAGCCGGCCUGGAGCUGGAGAAGAAGCGGCUGGAGGAGCGCAUCGCCCAGCUCAUCUCCCACAACCAGGCGGUGGUGGACGAUGCCCAGCUGGACAACGUACGGCCCCGGAAGACCGGGCUGUCCAAACAGGGCAGCAUCGACCUGCCCACGCCCUACACCUACAAGGACUCCUUCCACUUUGACAUCCGCGCGCUGGAGCCAGGCCGUAGGAGGGCCCCGGGCCCCGUGCGCUCCACCUGGACGCCCCCAGACAAGUCUCGGCCCCUCUUCUUCCACUCCGUCCCCACUCAGCUCUCCACCACCGUGGAAUGUGUCCCCGUCACCAGGAGCAACUCGCUGCCCUUCGUCGAGGGCUCCAGGACGUGGCUGGAGCCCAGGGAGCCCCGGGACCCCUGGUCCAGGACGCAGAAGCCUCUGAGCCCCAGGCCCGGCCCAGCCCGCCUGGGCUGCCGCUCGGGACUAAGCUCGACUGACGUUCCCAGUGGGCAUCCCCGGGCCCUGGUCAGACAGGCCGCGGUGGAGGACCUGCCAGGCACCCCCAUUGGCGAUGCCCUGGUGCCCGCAGAGGACACAGACGCAAAGAGAACUGCUGCGCCGGAGGCCAUGGCCGGCAAGGGCAGAGCGGGCGGCAGGAAGUGCGGCCAGAGAAGGCUGAAGAUGUUCUCCCAGGAGAAGUGGCAGGUGUACGGGGAUGAGACGUUCAAAAGGAUCUACCAGAAAAUGAAAGCCAGUCCCCAUGGAGGCAAGAAAGCCAGGGAGGUGGGAGUGGGCAGUGGGGCAGAACUGGGCUUUCCUCUGCAGAAAGAGGCAGCAGGGAGCUCAGGCACAGUCCCCACCCAAGACAGGAGGACCCCUGUCCAUGAGGACAUAUCCGCAGGGGAAGCGCCAGAGCCUUGGGGAAAUCCACCAGCCCUGGAGGCCUCCUUGGUGACUGAACCCACUAAGCAUGGGGAGACGGUGGCCAGGACAGGAGACAGUGACCGACCCAGGGUGGAAGAGGCUGUGUCAUCCCCUGCACUGGGUGGCAGAGACAGUCCCUGUUCAGGCAGUAGGAGCCCCCUGGUCUCUCCAAAUGGGAGGCUGGAACUGGCGUGGCAGAUGCCCCCAGCACCUGGCCCCCUCAAAGGGGGUGACGUAGAGGCCCCCAGGCCAGUUUUGCCGGACCCCAAGCUGGAAGGAGGUGCCCGAGGUGCGGGGGAUGUUCAGGAGACCUGCCUGUGGGCCCAGACUGUCCUGAGAUGGCCCAGCAGGGGCUCUGGGGAGGACAAGCUCCCCUCGGAGAGGAAGAAGCUGAAAGUGGAGGACCUGCACAGCUGGAAGCAACCAGAGCCUGUGAGCGCAGAGACCCCAGGUGGGCCCACGCAGCCUGCCUCUUUGUCAUCCCAGAAGCAGGAUGCCGAUCCCGGGGAGGUGCCAGGGGGCUCAAAGGAGAGUGCCAGGCAGGUGGGCGAGCCUCUGGAGUCCUCUGGAGCCUCCUUGGCUGCUGCUUCUGUUGCCCUGAAGAGGGUGGGGCCAAGGGACAAGGCUACCCCACUGCAUCCUGCAGCCCCAGCCCCCGCAGAGCACCCCCCGCUGGCCACCCCACCUCAGGCUCCUAGAGUGCUCUCUGCCCUGGCAGACAAUGCCUUUUCCCCCAAGUACCUCCUCAGGUUACCUCAGGCAGAGACCCCCUUACCACUGCCCAUUCCCUGGGGACCAAAGCACAGCCAGGACUCUCUCUGCAGCAGUGGGUGGCCUGAAGAACGGGCAUCAUUUGUUGGGUCAGGACUGGGGACCCCUCUUUCUCCCAGCCCAGCCUCAGGCCCCUCCCCAGGUGAGGCGGACAGCAUCCUGGAGGACCCCAGCUGUUCCAGGCCACAGGAUGGGAGAAAAGGGGCACAGUUGGGGGGGGACAAGGGGGACAGGAUGGCCACUAGCAGGCCAGCAGCCAGGGAGUUGCCCAUCUCAGCACCAGGGGCUCCCAGGGAGGCUACCUCCUCCCCGCCCACUCCAACGUGUGAGGCACACUUAGUUCAGGACAUGGAGGGUGACAGCCACCGUAUCCAUCGCCUCUGCAUGGGCAGCACUUUGGCAAGGGCCAGGCUCUCUGGGAAUGUCCUGAAUCCCUGGGUACCCAACUGGGAGCUGGGGGAGCCUCCUGGGAAUGCCCCAGAAGAUCCUUCUUCAGGGCCCCUGGUGGGCCCCGACCCGUGUUCCCCACUCCAGCCUGGCUCCUUCCUCACUGCCCUCACUCGGCCUCAGGGUGUGCCCCCAGGCUGGCCAGAGCUGGCCUUGUCUUCCCACUCAGGGACGUCCCGGAGCCACAGCACCCGCAGUCCCCACAGCACCCAAAACCCCUUUCCCUCACUGAAGGCUGAGCCACGGCUCACGUGGUGUUGCCUGAGCCGCAGUGUCCCUCUGCCCGCGGAGCAGAAGGCAAAGGCGGCAUCUGUGUACUUGGCGGUGCACUUUCCUGGUAGCAGCCUCCGAGAUGAGGGUCCCAAUGGCCCUCCUGGGAGCAAUGGAGGAUGGACCUGGACAAGCCCUGGAGAAGGAGGGCCGGCGCAGAUGUCCAAGUUCUCCUACCCAACAGUCCCAGGGGUGAUGCCCCAGCACCAGGUGUCUGAGCCAGAAUGGAAGAAAGGCCUGCCUCGGAGAGCAAAGAUGUCUCGUGGGAACAGCAAGCAGAGAAAACUGAGGAUCAACCCUAAAAGGUACAAAGGGAAUUUCUUGCAGAGCUGUGUUCAGCUGAGAGCCAGUAGACUUCGCACACCAACCUGGGUGCGAAGAAGAAGCCGCCACCCUCCCGCACUUGAGGGACUGAAGCCAUGCAGGACCCCUGGGCAGACCUCUUCAGAAAUAGCAGGUCUGAAUCUGCAAGAGGAGCCAUCUUGUGCCACCUCAGAAUCACCUCCUUGUUGUGGGAAGGAAGAGAAGAAGGAAGGUGACUGCAGACAAACCUUAGGAACCCUCUCUCUUGGUACAAGUUCAAGAAUUGUCAGGGAAAUGGACAAACGAACUGUGAAGGAUAUUUCUCCAUCUGCUGGUGAGCAUGGUGACUGUACUACUCACAGCACUGCUGCCACAUCAGGAUUAUCUCUGCAAUCUGACACCUGCCUGGCAGUGGUUAAUGACGUGCCUCUACCCCCUGGCAAAGGUCUUGACCUUGGGUUGCUGGAGACUCAGCUGCUGGCCUCCCAGGAUUCAGUCUCAACAGAUCCCAAACCAUGCAUCUUCUCAGAUGCUCAAAGGCCUUCUUCCUUUGGGUCCAAAGGAACUUUUCCCCACCAUGACAUUGCUACCUCUGUGGCUGCCGUUUGUAUUUCUCUGCCAGUGAGAACAGAUCACAUAGCCCAGGAAAUUCACAGUGCUGAACCACGAGACCACAGCCAGACUGCAGGGAGGACUCUGACAUCAAGCUCCCCAGACAGCAAAGUCACAGAAGAGGGCAGAGCACAGACCCUCUUGCCAGGGAGACCUUCAUCUGGACAAAGAAUUUCAGAUUCGGUUCCACUGGAGUCAACUGAAAAAACUCAUCUUGAAACACCAGCUUCAGGACCAAGUUCAGCUAGUUCACACCACAAGGAAGGGAGACACAAGAUGUUUUUUCCUUCCAGAGGCCAGUAUGGGUGUGGGGAAAUGACUGUCCCCUGCCCCUCUUUAGGAAGUGACGGUAGGAAACGUCAGGUAUCUGGAUUAAUCACUCGGAAAGAUUCUGUGGUUCCUUCUAAGCCAGAGCAGCCCAUAGAAAUUCCUGAAGCCCCUUCUAAAUCCCUCAAGAAGAGGAGUCUGGAAGGAAUGAGAAAGCAAACUCGAGUAGAGUUCAGUGACACCAGCAGCGACGAUGAAGACCGAUUAGUUAUAGAAAUAUGAAGCUUCCAGAGAAACAUGGUGUCUUUGGUCAAAAAGACUGUUGACGCUUCACAAGUAAAUGUUGUCAGGCUGGCGGAAGAACUAAACUCUAUCUGUGAAACACCUACAGAUUAGGAAAGCCAUUUUGAGUUAUUUACAAGCCAACUCCAACCAACUUCUGACCCCCAACUCAGCCGCAGCGUUCUCCAGCUCCCCUUGGGAGUGCUCUGCUCAUCUUCAAAUGGUGCCAGGCAGGGCAGACAUGGCAAGGAAGCAAACUCUGCAAAUGGUCAACGUGCACAGUGACUGGGCCUUGACUCCCAGCCUCGUCUUCUGCACCUGUCCCCCACUGCCUCUCUGCAAUCAAAUGGCACUAACCAAGAAAGCCACCAUCAACACAUUUCUCCACAAGUGGACCCCACACAGUCGAGGCAACUGGCUUUCUCCAUUAGUAAACUGAGGGUUUGCUUCCAAGGUGGAGAGCACACUUGGGAUAAUUGGAGUAGCUUGACAAAGAGACGGGGGGUGUGAACUGGGCACAAAGAUACUUCUGUUCAUUUUGGAGACAAAAUUCAGAUACAUUAAAAAACUGAAGCUUGUUCAGAGUAAUUCACGUCCUUAGUGGAGUUGUAAAUACACUUCAAAAUGCCUAUGAUCCGGUGAUAUGCUGAUUACUUUUAAAUGUUGCACAAAUGGUCAAUACUUAUUUAUGGUCAGAUGAUGCAAGCACAUGCUCUUGUGCCUGGUGCGUUUGCUGUGGAGAUCUCUGAGACUGUCGGUUUUUCUAGUUCUUGCAAAGGAACGGUGUUAAAAGUUAAUAGAACUGUCUCUCUGUAAUGAGUCAUUUUUUGAGAGGGAAAAAUUCACUUAUUUUCCUCUGAUUCUUCUUGUCAUAUUGUGCUCUGAGCAAUUUCAAUUAGAGGGUUACAUUUUAGUAAUCUGUACAGCUUCAACUGAUGCCUGCUCGUCGUGACGGGAGCCUUUUAGAUUUCCUUCAGAAGCUUCAAGGAUACAAAACUAAUUGGAGUUUUGACGCUGUUUUACAUCUCGGUAAUUUUAUUUUCGGGGCUUAGUGUUACUUUGCUGUCAAAUUAAAUCAGCCUCUGUAUUGUGCACGUCAGAACUGCACAGAUAAAAUUCCCCAGUAUUCCAAGCCGGUGCGCCCCUGUGCAGAAGAAAACAGAUCUACGUCAGCCAGCCCAGGGGGCAAAGCCUCAGUUCCACUGCCUUCCUCUCCCCCUCCUUCCACGGGAGAGGAGAAACUUAAAGAGGUUUACAUUGCUGCAUUUCAAUAAAAUUUUAUACUUGCUUUUGGUAUGAUUUUGUACAAUUUGAAAUUUGUAGCUGAGCUCUUUUGGUGUAACUUUGAUGUAAUGAUGUUCAUGUGACAUCUUGUACUUCAGAGACACAGCAGCAAUGCAGAGCAUCUCACACAUGUGAAUACACUUCAGUCAGUCUGUGCCUGUGACUAAGUAUGGUCAAAUUUCAAGUAUCUUCAUGUGAAUUUUCCAAUUUUGGUGUUUUUCAUAGAAAACUUCAAUGCCAGACCAGCUUCCCUGGUUACUUAGCAUAUAUUUGUGACCAUUUCAUAUGCACUCAUAAAUAUCCAAGGAUUUCAGGCCCAGCCAAGAAAAACAUAAGAAGGGAGGUGAAAAGGAUGUUGGACAUUCACUUAGUGUACUUUUUAAACCCAACAAAAGUGAUGUGGUGAUUAUCUCCCUUUUUGAAGGAUUCAUGCCACUGUAAUGAGAGAGGCAGUGUAGGCAAAUGGUCUGAGCCUUGGAUGGAGAUUGAAGUCCUGACUUUAGCUGGGAGAUCUUGGUUAAGAGUCUUUCUGUACCUUAGUUUCCCUAAGUGAGAAUAAGAGAGUUGAACAAGAUGAAUGUAUCUCCAGGUUCCAAUUUUUCUGAGAAUGGUUGAUAGAGAAGCUGCUCUCUCCUUAAAAUGCAUGGACUCAAUGGCUUGAAGAUAUUCCCCAUGGGGAACCAUUGCCACGGAGGCCUUGCAUGCAAGAAGUUUGGGUGGGGACAGUGAGGAACUGACACACAAGCACCUUCCACCAAUUAUUGCUGUGAAGAACCUGAGCCUGAAGAAGCUCCAUCUAAUUUUUUCCCCAGAGUUCCAGAUUUUAGGGUGCAAUCAUCCAGCCUAUACAUGUGGCUCAUAGUUCAAAAAAUUAAAAGCAAAACCAGAAGUCUCCAGUAGGAAUGGAGAAAACCUAUCUGUAGGCUGAACUGGCACCUUUGUCUUAGGAGGCACUGGUCAGGGUGCCUCCUUUCUGGGUGGCUACUGUGGAAUCAAUGGGGUCACUGGCUGUAAAUCAGUAAGUCAUAGCUCCAAACAGCACCAACUUCAGGAUGAUGGUGGAAGCUCUGUCCCUCUAGGAGCCACCGUUGCCAGCUGUCACAUCCCAACCUAGGUCAAAUAUGGCGGAAUAUUGAUUUCGUCCCUAACUCCCUGUAUCUCUUACAAAGGUAAAGCAGGUAGCCAAGCCACCUUGCUUCCCUGGUCUUUGCCUAGUGGCUGGCAAUGUUUACAAGUGUACCUUACUUUAUAUCAACAUGAAUUUGUGAAAAAGCUGUAUGUCAAUGGAUUUUUUUAAAAUUAAAAAUGUAUUUUGAAUGACCCUAAGGGAGCUGGCUCUUAAAAAGCAUCCUAAGGUAAAGAUUUUUUUUAAAUGAAGAAUCUUUUUAUAAAGCAAUGAACAAUCUCUGAUUUUAUAAAUCUUAAUUUUCCUUUGGGUUUUCUUAAAGUGAAAUACAAUUAUAAGAAUACAUUUUAAGGGUAACAUUAACAACCUAGAACCCAGUUUGGGUUACUAAAAAUAAAAUGUCAGUAUUAUCAAUUGAUAACUACCACAGUUUUAUACUCUGCAAGUGUGUACUGCAUGAUGGUUAAGGAAAAACAAAUUUAUUUUAGAACAAAGCAAACCAGAGUUUAAAGAUCAGGGAUUUCCUUCUUUCCCCAAUGCUAAUUUUCCCAGUGUUAAUUUUAUUAUAUCUUUAGGUAAGGGUCUUAACCAACUGAUGCCUCAGUUUCUUCCACAGAGAAUAGUUAGAGGGAUGCUGUCAUGAACUAAGGGAAGGGCACUGAAUUUUUUUUGCCAAUCUCAAAAGUGACAUUUCCCCAUGAUGUUCAAGACUCACCAGGUUUCUCUCUCCACCUGUACCUACACCCAGCUAGAUCUUGUCGUUAAAGAUGUAUGGAGGGAAGAGGUUUCAAUCCUUCCCUCCUUGGCAACCUACAUUGUUAAGUGACUCAAAGUCAUGUGAUUUUUGGUGGACAACUGGAAUCCUCCUUCUUGUAAAACACAUUGAAAAACAGCUCAUCUCUCCUGUUAGGCUUAACCCUUGCGAUUUGAGACAAAGCUAAUAACCCCUUUGGUUCACAUCUCACAGUAACCAGGAGAACCUAUGGUUCAUUUGCCAAGUGAUUAAAAAAAAAAGAUGGAGGAGGGUGUCUCUGAAUUUUAAUGGAAACACUGCCAAUAGCAUGGUGGGUAACCUAGGGCAAGACAGACUUUUUCUUCCUGAAAUCACUCUUCUAAAGCUGAGACCGGAAGAGGAACCUUGCAGAAGUGCACUGUGACCACAGUUCUUGGCAUGAAAGAUAAACAAUUUGCAGUCUCAUGCCAAAAAGUAUUUCCUUGCAUUUACAUUCAUUACUUAGAAUGAUCACAUUAUUCAUUUUUUUCCCCAGCACAGAAAUUUGCAUUUUGCACAAAAUUUGCCUGGUGCAGCAGAUCUUUAUAGUUAUGGAAACUGUCAUCAUUAUCGGAAUGUGCUGCUGCUCAACUCCCCAGACAUAAUUUAAUAUGGUGAGGAGAAUAUGACCUGCCUGGCUCUAUGGGUGAUCAUAUUUCUACUACUGCAGCAAGCUGGGCUUGUGUAUUUUUCCUCACUUCAGUUGUUCUUCCCAUAGUUCAUGUAGGGAGGCACUUUGGCUUUUGAAACACUACAUUUCUCAAUAUUUAAGCACAAUUUAUUGUCCUUAUUUUUCAGAACCCAUUAAAUAUAAGGGUCAGAACCCAGAAAAUCUUAUGUGCUGGAUUUCUACCCUGUAUGAUUCUUUUCGUCCAUGCUUUGCACUUAUGUAGGAAUAUACAUAAUUUGGUCUGAAGAAGUAUAGGAACAGUUGAGCACAUUACUUCACCACUGGAAGAAUAGGAACCAGGGAAAAGCAUCAGCCUCUGCCACUUGGAGCACUAGAGGAUGACGGAAUGUCUUGUAUAUGCGGUCAGCUGUUCAGGAUUUACUACUCAAUUGGUUGUUCACAAUCAGGGAAAUGAUUGGCUUCUUGGUUGUUUGUUGAACUUUCUUUCUUUAUAUGGUUAAAUUAUUUUGUUUUGAUAAAAAUAAAACUUAAAAUGCAAA